UAUUAAGUAACAAAUGAAAAGAUCAAAGGUGUCAAAGGUGAUCAAAGGCUCAAAUUAAUAUUCUCUGUUAACUAUUGAUAUUGGGCUUGUUAUGGCAGUUGGUAUAAAACAUCUAUUUUCCACUUUCAAAUACCCUAAAUAUAUAUAUUUUCGUAACAUAAUGACGACAAGUUCAAAAUCUGAAAAAGCAAUGGAAAUUUUGCAAAAUAAUCCUUAUUAUGAAAAGUAUGCAGAUAGAAUAGCUGAGAUGCAAAAAACUUCACCUGAAGAGUUUCUAAAAAGAGUAGAAGAACAAGGCAAAAAUAAAAACACUGAAAAUAAGAAGAAAUUUGCUUCAGUUGACACUAGACAAUAUUCAUCAGUGCUUAACCCGAAACAUGCACUCAAUGAGGAACCGAUCUUGGAGGACAAAAAAUUAAAUGAUAUAUUUAAAUUAGAACUCGUAGCAGACAAAGAUGCUGAAGAAAUACAAAUCAUCUGGGAGGAAUAUCACAAGCACAAAGAAGUUAUUUCUGCAACAAUACCAAAAGAAAUAUAUGAAACAAUUCAGUUUAAUAUGAAGCAAUUUCCUACUUUUCUAUUUCCACUUCCAAGAUCACAAGGAUAUGAAUUCAUUAUGUCUCAAAUAUCAGGACACACUGUACAUUUUACACCACUGCUUGCAUUCCAGGUUCAUAAAGAGAAUGCACCGGAAUGUUUAACUAUUGUACAUUAUACAGAGCUUGUGAAGAAAGGAAUUGUUUUAAUGCGUGGAGAAUAUGACAAGAAUGUACUGAAUGGAAAAGAAGCUCAAUGUUUGGCAAAUCAAUUCCAGUUGUACUACUACGGAAGAAAUGAAAAUAAGAUAAAACUUUUAGAAUUGUUUAAUAAAACCCCUGACAUAUUCAAGCACAUGGACUUGAUAGCAGAAUUAGAAAAUAUUGAAGUAGUGUGAAAGUCACAAAUUGAAAAUAGAAAUCAUAAAAUAUGUGAAUAAAAUAAAUAACUGUU